AUGGCAUCUGUAUCAUUUCGAGAGCCAAUAUCUGCCACAGUAGGAAAACGGAUGAUUGUUACAGGCCCAGAUUAUAUAAAAGAUCAUCUAACUAAAGUUCAUCAGCACACUUCCUAUAUAGGAGAAAAACGCCCAGCAUUGGAAAAGACUGGAGAUCUCAGAUAUUUAUGGAGGCCUGCCUCAAACAGAAGCUUACCAGCAAAAUAUAAAUAUGAGUAUGUUGGUGAAGUUGGUUGGGGAAUACCAGAGUAUGAUUUUAUCAACCAAACAAGGCUUCAGACUGGCUUUCAGAUCAAGUGUGGAGAACUAAGUCAAGCCACUAUUGAUAAAAUAAGCCACAGAUACCAAAAUCCAUGGCAACCAAAACCUGAUAUUAUGGAUAUACAAGGAAAAUACAAUCGUGGUUUUAUUGCCUGGCAUAUGGGUAAUUAUGAGAACACCAAUGAGAGAAAUUCCAAAGGAGCUGUCCUUGUCAGGCAGAGCACAACAGUGCUGCCAAGAGCUUCCAGAUCACCUAAGCUGCCCAAGCUGCCAAUAAAGGAAGAGCGGCCCGCGGGCUCCGAGAAAGCCUCGGGGUCAGAGCUGUGCAUCGGCCACAGGAGCGUUCCUCCUGGGCCACCAGGCAGGGCCCGACCGGCGGCGCAGGGUGAACUUAGGGCGGGGGCGGGAACCGCCGCGACGCUGCGCGGGUCUCUACCCGACCCACCUCCCCUCUCGCCUCGCGUCACUGAGCCCCUCACCCUCUCCCUGGCUUUACCUGGGGCGUCUGUUUCCCCGGUUGGUUCUCCGCCAAAGCCUGAGGUUAGGUGUGAGGACGGUGAGACCAGCACCGCCGGCUCUCAGCCUAGUGGGCUCUUCAGGUCUGUGCCCCGCGCGGGGAGAGAACCCAGCUCGCACAGCAGGCGAGCCAGAGGCACUGCGCUGCAGUCUUCGGGGUCCAUUUGGAUCCUCAGGACCCUAGAGCAGGUUGAAGCUAUUAUCACCCUCACUUCACAGCUGUGA